AGUUGUAACGCCAUGUGAAUCAUGUAGGGCGCUUGUUGUUCCAGCUGAUGUCCUGGAAAGCUCAUGCUUGUGCGCGGGGUGCUUGUUCUGACGACGGGCGGCCUUGGUAUAUGCUCAGCCGACGACAAUGACAAGGUCACAAGGCUGCAGAACUUGCAGGUGUCUAUGUAUGAGGCGGGUCAUUGUGGCCAGCUUGGCGGAUACAGGUGCGUAUAAAUCAGCAGUGGCCACCUUGCGGUUCUGUGACACCAUCAGCCGCCUAGAGCAGAUGGUGGAUGCAACAGGAGGCCUUGAGGCACCUGGAGCAGAGGCCUAUGAGCAGCAGCUCAGUGAUUGGCGCGCACACUGGCGGGGAGGCCAGCUUCAACCUUCGUGCCGCAUCGAUUCCCUGGGUGAAAGUCUUUACAAAGCGGCCGGCCGAAUGACCUCCAAUCACGCAGCAUGGAAUCUCACUGGGCAGUGGGCUGCCCACAUGCGUUCAUUGGCUGACAAGGAGACCCGCCUCCAGUCCUGCAGGGAGUUUGCCAGGUUCCAUGAGAAUGGGUGGUUGCCACCCAUUUGGAAAUGGGCUGAGACCACGCCGGGUUUGGACGGGGCCAUUCUGGAGGAACUGCUGAGAGACCCCGAAUACCAAAGUUACUACGCACCCGCUGCCGGCCGUGCUUUGGCAUACGGCAGCCCGGCGGUGGAGACGCUCCACCUGCCUGAAGGGCGAUUUCGGCGGAAACGGAUUCAGGAGUUGCAACACUUCCGAAUCCUUCGACGUGCCGCUGGAAUCAAUGUGCAGCAGCUGACCCAUAUUGUGGAGUUCGGCGGGGGUGCUGGUGAAACGGUGGCAGCAUUGCGGGACUUGGGCUUCAGCGGCAAGCACCUAGUGAUAGAUCUUCCACCGAUGUUGCUGCUGCAGCGCUACUGGCUUCGCUUCUCUGGCCUCCCGGCCUACCUUGCGGAGGAUCUUCCAGGCAGAUGGCACACGGCACCCCUUCGUCGGAAUGGCGUGCUGCUGAUGGACUCCACUGGAAAGCACCACACCGCCAGCAGGAUGAUGGCAGAUGCUGAUGCUGCCACGACGCUCUUUCUUGGGUUUUGGUCCUUUACGGAGGCCAGUACGUCCGCCCGGGAGAGGAUUUGGCCCUUGCUGGCAAGAUGCGGCAUCAUGAUGCUUACGUUUGGCAAUAACUUCGAUGGUAUUGACAAUGCGCAGUACCUGCAGCAGGAGCUCUUGAACCGCGGCUUCCACCGCACACAUUAUGCUUUGAGCUGGCACUUGGAGGUCUCCGUGGGAUUCUUCUACCUUCUUGCCGUUCGCAAGGACGUGGGUGAAGUGUCCUGCUUGCCCUCGCUGAAUUGCAAGGACCUGACGCGGCAUAGCAUUGUUGCACAGGGCUUUGCCUUCGAAGAAAGGGAGACGGAGCUUUGA